CACGGGGGUUUGUGUGUGUGUUUUUUGCACCGGGAACAACGGGGUUUUGCCAUUGGUCGUGGCUGCAUCGUGUGCUUCGGACCUUCCUUUGGGUUGGCUGGAGAAAGGAGAUCUCCGCUGCGAUCUGGCUGAAAGACCCAGCUUGUGGGUUCUUUAGGACGUAUCCGGGGUUUCUGAAUGAAGACUAUUGCAGGUAAAAGGGAAGGAAACAGAGAGCAGGCAUGGUUUAAAUUGGAGUCCUGCAGCCUCUGACGUUGAUGCAAAUAUUUGCUGUUUCAUAGAAGAUGCUGGGAGACCGGGAGCCGUCGGAUCUCAAGGGAGAUCUUUACAAGGACCUCGCAUUUCCGGCUAAUGACGACUCUCUCUUUUUUAACUACUCAACUCCUCUGGCUCAUUUCAGGGGGGAGAUUUGUUGGCUGAGACCUCAGGAGAUUUGUUCUACACCUCGAUUAUUUUCCGACAAUCAAUAUGAGUGGCAAGUCAAGCAAGGGAUGCUGGGAGACUGCUGGUUCCUGUGUGCCUGUGCCGCUUUGCAGAAGAGUAAAUACUUGUUGGCCAAGGUGAUACCUCCGGGUCAGCCCAGCUGGAGAGAUGAGAAAUACAGAGGCUGUUUCACUUGCCGGGUCUGGCAAUUUGGGCACUGGGUGGAGGUGACCAUAGACGACCGCCUGCCUUGCCUGGGGGGCAAACUCUGCUUCUCGCAGUGCCAGACAGAAGAUGUGUUUUGGCUCCCUCUGCUGGAAAAGGCCUAUGCCAAGGUGCAUGGAUCUUAUGAACAGCUCUGGGCAGGCCAGGUUGCUGACGCUCUCGUGGAUCUGACAGGAGGCCUAGCGGAGAGGUGGUCCCUAAAAGACCCAGGCCGGAGCACAGAAAGGGAGAGGGCAGGCAAAGUUUUGGAGAAGGCGGUAUUUAGGAGACUGAUGAACUUGAAAGAGAAAUGCGUGAUGAGCUGCUCCGUCUUCAGCUCACGGCAAGGUACCAGCGAACUGGGGGAGUUCCAUGCCUUCAUCGUUGUGGACAUGCAGGACCUCUCCAAAGUGUCCCGGAAGGAGAUCAUCCUGCUGCGGAUCCGUAACCCCUGGGGAAGGCGUUGCUGGAAAGGGCCCUGGAGGGAGGGUGGUCCAGGUUGGAGCCAACUGGACCCUGUGGUUGCUGCAGAGCUGUUGUCCCAGAUCCAGGAAGGAGAAUUUUGGGUCGAAGAGGAGGAGUUCUUUGCGGAAUUUGAUGAGAUCAUAACCGGGUACCCGAUUACUGAAGAAGGACAGCUUCAGAGCCUUUACACCGACAGAGUGCUGAGCCACACGCAGAAGCUGUACGGGUCCUGGGUGAGGGGCCAGUCCGCAGGCGGUUGCCGCAACAACAGCACCUUCCCCAUGAACCCCAAGUUCUGGCUGAGGGUCUUUGAGCAGAGCGAGGUGUGCAUUGCCCUCCUGCAGAAACACCGCAAGCACAGCACCGACUGGGCGGGCAGGAUCCGCAACUGGCCCCGCUUAGUGGAAGCAGAUCCCGCUUUAAACGAUGGCAUCCGAGGCAAAAAUUACCACGCGGUGGGACUCCACAUAUGGAAGGUCGAAAAGAAACAGUUCAGCCUCCCAAAGACGCUCUCUGCUCCUCCAGUUUCCAGCACCGUUUGCCACUCCUACAACCGAGAGGUGCACCUGCAUUGUGACCUCCCUCCUGGCUAUUACCUGGUCAUCCCCAGCACCUUCCUGAACGAUGCUGAGGGCAACUUCCUGCUUCGGGUCUUCUCCAGCGGAAGAAUCUCCCUCAGCGAGAUAAAACUCCCGUCGCCCGACAACGCCAUCCGCGAAGAGCUCCCGGGGGGCGAGUGGGACACAGCCCGGCUGGAGGGUUGCUGGAGGAAAGGGCAGAACGCCGGGGGCAGCCGCAACUUCCCUUCCUUCCACACCAACCCCUGCUUCCCUUUCUCCGUCCCCACAGGCGUGGGGCAGAGCAGCAUCAAGAUUGCCCUCCGCCAGCACUGCCCAGAUAACAAGUGCCGCCCAGUAGGGUUUCACAUCUUCCAGGUCCCCAGCGACAACAACAACGUGAAAAUGCCUUCGUCUUCCUUCCUGCACUUGGAGCCGGUGGUUAGUUGUGUGCCCCAUUGCUACUCGCAGGAAGUCAGCCAGCUGUGCCGCCUCUCUUCAGGGAAUUACGCCAUUGUUCCUUCUACGUAUUUGCCAGAUACAGAAGGCAGCUUCACGGUGAUUGUAGCUACCAAAAUAGACAGGAAGAGCAUUCGGAGCAAGGAGACCUUGGGGCAAAGGCUGCAAGAGGUCUCCUUCAAAGCUGUGAUGAAAAUGUAAUUUGGAAUUGGCAUACCCAGCGAGGGAGGAAGUGGCGGGCGCCUUGGGAAGGGCAACGCUGUUUUUGCUUUAACCUGACGGAUGUUGGGCCCAACUGGGUUUUUCCCCCAGGCAGAGUCGCAUCUGGUCCUCUUAGUCACCCUCUCUUUAAAAUCAAACGGAACGAAAUCUCACCUCCAAUUCCUCUUCUGUUUGUUUGUUUCAAAUACCCCCGUAUGAACUGUGUCGAGAUCCCUGGACUUUGCUCGGUGUAUUUCGUCCAGUGCCCUCUAAAUAUCGGCGGAAAGGCACCGCUGUGCAUGUGCUGUGUUCAAAUCUGUUCUGAUUCUGUGGUGGUGAGACUUUUGCCCUCUGUGCGUGUGUGUAUGUGUGUGUGUUCAUAGUGGAAGUCGGUUUCUCGGAGACAAAACCGUUAACCAAGUAAGCUUUGGAAACAGAUAGCAGAGAAAGGAAGGCCAGGAGGAAGCAGACAGGAAAUGCUACCAUCCUUUCAGGAAGGAAGUUUUUAAAAAGUUGGCGAUUGCAGCCAGCGAUGCUUUCCACAUAUGCAAGCCGCCACUCGCAGCUGGGUGCAGCGUCUUAGGUGCUUGACAAUCCCACACUCCUCCCCCCACUGUACUGGCUGCUCCAAACGAGGUGUAAAUGCAGGAGAUGGCUCACAUUAUUUUAUUUGAGGCAUUUCUAUCUUGCUCUCCACUGAAACGCGCAAGACAAAAAAUAAAACCAGAUUUAUAUAAUAAUAAUAAUUAAUAAUAUAUGGAACCAGUAUCGCCUCGAGACAAUAACCGUGAACGGGUCCAGUGAGUGAGCAGUCUGCCUGUCUCCACCUGUGAACAGUUAACCGAAGGGUGAAAAAAAUACGUUUCUAAACCUAUUUGUCUUCAGCCCACGAAGGCAGGUUGGCUGUUGGGCAGACUUGCUCAAAACUGCUUGGGAAAACCAUCCCUUAGCAAACCUCUCAUCUUAUCCCUUAGUGGCUUAGUCCUUCACGGUCAAGACUCCCCCUCAGAAAAUGAGUAUCGCAUGGAAGGCAAUAAGAGGACCGGACUCAGGAGGUAUAACAGCUCUGUCUAAACUGGAUUCCUCUCCCAGCUCCAUAGAAUAGAGUUGUAAGGGACCCCGAGGGUCAUCUAGCCCAACCCCGUGCUUCUGUUCCUGCCUCAUUGGAUUCCCAUUCCUUUUUCUCAAUUUCCCACUGCGCUCUUCCACCGCACUCCAACGUUCAUUUUUUCAGGCCCUCCGCCUCCUGAUUUCGGUGAUUCCCUCCACUUGAUCAUCUCUACCUUGGCCAGGAUCUGGUGAGGCAUGAAGGAAAAACCUCCCAAUAAUCCUGGCUGGAAUUUCCUGCCUUAGUUAGCCGCAUAGGUGAGCCUUUUGGUGGGCCUGAUCUUGCAGCAGCUGAGAUGCAGUUGCCCAGAACGUCUUAUUUAUUUAUUUAAGUUAUUUAAACAGUUUUGUUUAUCUGCUUGGGGAGAUUCUAAGGAGCUUCUUUCAGGAGAAUGUGAGCUGGAGAAGCGAGAAUAAUCCCCUUUGUAAUAAGGCAUUGGUUUGAAACUGUUUACUGGGAGGAAAUCGCACGUGACGGAUUUAAGAAGAGCUAUAAUUUUAAAAUUAUUAGUUGGGGAGAGUUAUGCCUCUAUAGUUCAAACUGAUCUUUUUCCACAUUUCCUUGGAAAGCAUUUCUUAAGUGAGAUUUUAAAAUAUUGUAUUUUUUUUUAACAAAUGAGGUCGUCGGUGAAAUGUCUUUUGAAAAUAAUAUAUUAAAAUGUUAAAUGGCAUUCCGUUCACACGA